CGUUUUUGAGAAUAAGUAGUUAGCGCCUGUUGUAAGGCAGCACUCAAGGAAGUGUGACCUGUCAACACCUCUGCAGGCCGCCCGGGGCCCUGAAAAGUUGGGGAGGGAAGCACAAGCGGAAGAGACACUUUUACAAAACCAAGAGAUUUUAAAAACAGAGCUGCACUAGAAACUGUUAUUUAAACAACUCAGCACUCCCUGCACUGCAUGCAGGCCAGUCCUGGCAGCUGCGGGCUUGUGCAUGAGAGCGGGAAAGUGAAACUGUCCAUAAACACAAGGGAAUCCCGCUUCACUACAUCCUAGAUCUUUGCUGCGAGCUCUGAAAAUCAGUAAAUCUGUCUGCACUUAGCUGAAUGAUGGACUCUGUCAUCAGCCCCUCUCCUUUCCCCUGAAAUGUUCCCCUGCACCUUCUCCCGGAUCUAUAAAAACCCAGUGGACUCUGGACUUUAUUCUGUCCCUGGAUCAGCAGUGGUGAUGCUGUGUGAAAUUUGCACUUGUGUGUUAUCAUGAAGCCUCAGCAGAAAAGCAAGAGCAAAAGGGUGUUAUCUGAAUAGAUCAGUGAUUCUGAGUGUGGUGCAGUGGAAAUGUGGUGUUUUCACAGACAUACACCAGGGCACAUGGGAAAUGAAGCCGUUAGUGUCUGUAACUUGGGAGAUUCAUGUCCACAAAGUACCAAAGCAGCUGAUCCCAACAGCAUGCAGUCAGGGCAGAAGCCCGCUAACAAUAGUCCCACCUGGGUGCACAUGGGACAAGGAGUGAAAACGUGCAGGCUGGGAAGAGCAGGAAUGGAAGUUCCAUUAGUGUCUGAGGCUCCUAGCAGAGUUGGGCAUCUAGCCAACUAAACGCUGAUACAGAAAAGUCCGUCUAGCAGGAACGUACUCGGACACUGCACAGGCCACAGAUUGAAGCCUGAGGUGCACACAUGGGUCGUUGCUCCCUGCUAGGCCGGAGUGUGAUGCAGCCGGCACCACUGCCGUUCUACAGGAAGCUCUGUUACGCCAUAGGGGGUGCUCCGUACCAAAUGACAGGAAAUGCCCUCGGGUUCUUCCUCCAGAUCUUCCUCCUGGACGUUGUGCAAUUGGAACCGUUCCAUUCCUCUCUGAUCCUCUUCCUUGGGAGAGCCUGGGACGCAGUUACAGACCCCGCUGUCGGCUUCCUGAUCAGCAAGAGCCCCAGAAGGAGGCUUGGCAAGCUGAUCCCAUGGAUUGUCUCCUCCACACCGUUCGGAGUGGUCUUCUACUGCCUGGUCUGGUCCACCCCCUCGGACGCCAUGCCUGUCUCCCUCAAGUUCCUUUGGUACCUGAGCAUGUACUGCUUCUUCCAGACAAGCAUGAGUUGCUAUCAUGUGCCGUAUUCCUCCCUGACAAUGUUUCUGGGAGGGAAUCAGCGAGACCGAGACUCGGCCACUGCCUACAGAAUGGGGGUGGAGGUGUUCAGCACGCUGGUCGGCUCGGGUAUCCAGGGGCAGAUAGUCAGCGGGUACCAUGCCAGCAUGAUGAAAAGCUGCAGUGUGCCCAAUGGGACUCUGUACAACAGCACCUCCCCGGGGCUCACCGACACCUUGGAGAACACGCGCAAGGCGUACAUGAUCGCCGCCGUGGUCCUGGGCUCACUCUACUGCAUGGCCUGCCUGAUUCUCUUCCUCGGAGUGAAGGAGCAGCCUGGGCCCUUCAGUCCCUUGGGAAAGGCCCAGCUGCCCUUCUUUCACAGCCUGCGAAUAAUCCUGGGACACCUGCCCUAUGUCUGGCUGCUUGGUGGCUUCCUCUUCAUGUCCCUGGCCUUCCAGAUCGCUCAGGGGAUCUUUGCCUUUUUCUGCACACAUGCUGCUGGGCUUGCUGGGAGGUUCCAGCAUUUGGUGCUCAUCAUGCUGGUCGUGGCUUCCCUCUCCAUACCCUUCUGGCAGUGGUUCCUGGUACGUUUUGGGAAAAAACCAGCUGUGUUCGUGGGCCUAUCAUUAAUUAUCCCUGCCCUCAUCGUUAUCACCCUAGUGAGUCACAACUUCCUGCUCUUCGUCUUCAUGAUGAUAUUAGCGGGAUGCAGCAUGGCUGUCCUCUACUUGUUACCCUGGUCCAUGCUACCAGAUGCAGUGGAUGAUUUCAAGCUGAAGAACCCGAACUAUCUAAACCUGGAAGCUUUUUUCUACUCGUUCUAUGUUUUCUUCAACAAGUUUGCAGGAGGACUCUCCUUGGGGAUAUCAACAAUGAGCCUACAUUUUGCAGGUUACAGAGCCAGUGACUGCACACACAACCCCUCUGUCAUCCUCACGCUGCAGAUACUCAUGGCCCCUGUCCCAAUAACCCUGCUGCUCAUUGCCAUGGCCAUAUUCCGCUUCUACCCCAUUGAUGAGGAGAGGAGGAAACAGAUGAGGGUGGAGAUGGAGGCAGCUGGUCAUUAGGUAAAGAACGAAAACCCAGGGUAAACUAAACCUUGAGCCAAUGUCGGGAAAUUCAUUUGGAAAGAAUCCAGUAUUGUUAC